AUGGCAGCACAAGGCGAAACUUACGUCGAGGCUUUCCCGCCAAAGCCCAAGCCUUAUAUCUCUUACGGAUUGACGUUCGAAAAGGCCUGUGCUCACCACGCCGAGAGCACUUUUCAUGCUUCACGCAUCUACGUUGUCGUGUCCAGGUCAAUCAGCAAGACCGAGGCCUUCACGACCCUCCAAAAUGCUCUCGGCGACAAGAUCGUCGGCGUUCGCUAUGGCAUCCUCCCGCAUACUCCUUGGGAGGACGUGCUAGACCUCGUGAACGACCUAAAGACCAAAAACCCGGAUCUUAUCGUCACACUCGGAGCGGGAUCGAUCUCCGACGGCGUCAAACUCGCCCGCCUCCUCGCCGCCAACGACGUAACCUCCAUGUCCGGCGCCGACGCCCUCUACGCCAAAUGUCCCGCCGACCUCACGAACCUCAACAACACCUCGCCAGACGUCAAAGCCGCAACCAUACCCGUGAUCUUCAUCCCGACAACGCUGUCAGGCGGGGAAUUCACCCCCGCCGGCGCUGCGACAAACAUGGAAACCUUCGAGAAACGCAACCUGAUGCACGCGUCCAUGCUAGCGGACCUCGUGGUCUUCGACCCGGCACUGACGGUCUCCACGCCCGCCCGCUUCUGGCUGUCGACGGGCAUGCGUGGCGUGGAUCACUGCGUCGAGGGGCUUUACGCUAACCUGCCUAAUGCGAGUGUUGAGACGAGCGCGGAGUUAGUGUUAGCGCUGCGCGGGUUGUUGGUUGGGUUGUUGAAGACGAAGAUGCGGUGGGAUGACCUGGAGGCCCGGCUGCAAAGCCAGCUUGCGGUCCGGACGGCGAUAAAGGCCAUUCAUAACGGGAUGGGCGCUAGUCAUGGUAUUGGACACCAGCUUGGUCCGUUGGGGGUCGGACAUGGGGAGACGAGCUGUAUUAUCCUGCCGGCGGUUAUGAAGUAUAAUUGGGCGCAUGGAGACGAGAAGGUGCGUGCUUCGUUGAGGCAGGUUGCGUCGGCGUUUUGGGAUGAGCCGGUUGUGGUUGAGGCGCUUGGGUUGAAGGUGGCGGAUAGGGAGGCGAGGGAUCCGGGGGACUUGGUUGCGGCGUUUGUUAAGGCGCUGGGGUUGCCGAGUAGUAUGGGUCAGUUUGGGAUUGGGGAGGAUAAGUAUGAGAGUUUGGCGGAGAACUCGAUGAGGGAUCCGUGUGUUCAUGUUAAUUCUGUUAAGCUGGAUACGGGCAAGAUCGUGGAGAUACUCAAGAUGGCGGCUUAA